AUGUCAAAUUUUGAGAAAUCCGUAAAAGGGGCCACCAAAGUCAAACUUGCGGCACCCAAAUCCAAAUAUAUCGAGAAUAUCCUGGUAGCAACUCAUACCGGCGAUGCGGGCGUUGCAGAGAUCUUUCGAACCUUGCAUAUUCGACUUCGCGAAUCGACAUGGACGGUGGUGUUCAAGGCGCUCAUUGUGAUCCAUCUUAUGAUUCGAGAGGGUCAAUUGGAUGCUACGUUGCAUUAUCUUUCGGACAACCCGAGCAAGCUUGCUAUUAGUCAAUAUUCAGAGGUACAGCACCAGGGUCAUAACAUCCGGAGAUACGCCGACUAUCUCCUCGCGCGCGCCAGGGUAUUCGAAGAUACAAAGACCGAUUAUGUGCGGAGCGGACAGGGGCGAAUGAAGAGGUUGACGGUGGACAAGGGUCUUUUGCGAGAAACUGAAAUGAUUCAAAAGCAAAUAUGGGCCUUAUUGCGCUGUGAUUUAUUGGUGGACGAUGUCGAAAAUGAAAUUUCCUUGACAGCGUUCCGUCUGCUUGUGCUCGACCUCAUGACCCUUUAUGCCGUCAUGAAUGAGGGUACAAUCAAUGUUUUGGAACAUUACUUUGAAAUGUCAAGGCCCGACAGCGAGCGCGCCCUGGAGAUAUACAAGACCUUCACUGCGCAAACGGAAGAAGUGGUGAACUACCUUGGAGUUGCAAGACGAUUCGAAGGCGCAACGAGACUAGAAAUACCAAAGCUCAAACACGCUUCCACGGACUUGACGCGACUACUUGAAGACGACCUCAACGAUCCCGAUUUUGAUAUCCGGCGAGGAGAAUAUCUGACACAGAAGAAUGGAGGCCGCGCAAAAUCGAGUCACGGACAAAGCAGUCGGCCUCCGCCGAGUCCCAAGACUACGCCUAAUCGCCCUCAAACAGCGCCUAGGCCCGAGAAGAGACAGACGGACUUGAUUGACUUUUUCGAUUCGAUUGAGCAACCCACUGCGCAAGAGAAUCAAAUGCGACAGCAACAGUACCUCCAGCAACAGCAGCAGCAGCAGCAGCAAUAUCAACAGGCGAUGCAGUUUCAGCAAACCGGAUUCCAACCGCAACAGACCGGCUUUUACGCUCAGCAAACAGGUCUCCAGCAACCUCAACAGACUGGCUUCCAACAACCUCAGCAGACGGGCUUUCAACCUCAGCAGAUAGGCUUCCAACAGCCACAACAGACGGGUUUCCAGCAGCCGCAGCAGACCGGGUUCAAUCAGUUUGGCGCAAAUAACCCCUUUGGACAACCACAGCCACAACCACAACCACAACCGCAAGCCCCACAGCCUCUUCAGCCUACCCCCACGGGUGCUGGUUUUGGCGGUUACUCCCCACAACCACAACCACAAGCCCCACAGCCUCUUCAGCCUACCCCCACGGGUGCUGGUUUUGGCGGUUACUCCCCACAACCACAGUCAUAUGGAUACCAAAGCAAUCUGGCACCCAUUCCGCAGAGCAAUGCUGCGUCUUUCCCAUCUCAGCAGCAACCGAUGCAGCAACCACAGCAACCUCAACAGCUGCAGCCACAGCACACCAAUCCGUUUAGACAGUCAAUGCUAAUGGCCACACCUACGGGAACGGCCAUGCCCUCCGCCACACAGCUUAACCGUCAAAGCACGAAUCCGUUUGCACGGCGUAUGUCGAGCGUCAACCUCCAGCCCCCAUCACCGUCCCAAGCGCCAGCCCAACCCAUCCAGCCUCAGCGCACGGGAACCAACCCGUUUGCGCGCAAUUCAACCGUGGUUCCUCAACAAGGAUUACAGCCUCCUGCAGCGGCACCUCUCCGGCCAAACCCUACCGGCAGUACGAAUCCAUUCCGGCAGAGUGCAUUUGUCAACCAGCAGACUGGACAGGGUUGGCAAGCCAGUGGCCAGCAGGGAACGAUGGGCGGCUAUGAGCAGUUGGAUACGGUGCCGGUGUUUCCACGGCCUGGUAUGACAUAG